GGCCACUGCUGACAAUAUGCGGGAACUAGAUGAUCGUUUCCUUAUCUAGUGGUUGAUUACUCUUUUUACACUACAAGUAUGGCUCUACGCCGUAUUGUAUGGUGGUAGAAGGAACAAGACGAAUGUGUAGGGACUAUCACCUUCAUGUGAGUUAUUACCAAUCCGCCAGAAUUUUAUGUUGCGCGGCUGGAAUGGGUAUAGAAACGAAAGAGACCAGCAACAGACUCGGCGGCGAAAGAUGUGCUGGCAUCAUGCAGAAUCGUGCAGCGGCAGGCAAAUCAACCUGUAGUAUUGCAGAAAGGUGGUAGGUAUCCAGAUAGGCGGAUUCUGCAAGUAUGCAAUGAACAGGCGCAGUUUGCAGGGGCAAUCCCUCUUCUGCCCACAGGGCUGGGCUGGUCUAUGUCUGUAUGUCAGUAUGUCUGUACGUGUGCCUACCUAGCCUACUCUUUACCUAUCAAUUAGGUACGCCUAGUUGUCUUAGUGUAUGUAGGCAGACUGAUCCAGGUGUCGUGUUCCUUUGCUUCUUAUGUGGAGAGCUAUUUAGUUGCUUGACAUACCUACUAGGGUGGAGGUGGACAGCUUUGAUAUCUUCAUCUGGUAUCGUGAGUCGAUCGAUCAGCUGCGCCGCAACUUGUUCUAGAUCCCCUGUAACGUUUGAAGUUCUCCCCACAUCCAAUACUUCGAGAUCGGUGCUUCGUGGGCAGAACAGUUGACGAAGGAAGAAGAUAGCUGAGGCCGUUUAUGAUUUCAUGUAAUUCGGCGCAAUUGUCAAAUCAUGUGCCGCAGGAUUCAACGAACUGUCAGGAGAUACUACCUACUCCAAUUCCAAAGCCGCCCUCGGAGAUGGUUGCUGAUCUAGCAUGGCGCAAAUUUCUAGACAGCUAGUACUAUGGAAGUAGGAUAUGU